AUGGCAUGUGCAGAAGGACUUCAGCUGGGGCUGAAGACAUCAUUGAACCAGCUGCGAGGACUGGCCCUGGUGGAUGAGUGCAGCUCUCCAGCUGUUGUGAGGCUGUUUCCUGUUUCUCGUCUUCCUGGCAACAUUGUUGAUGCCUUCAAGACUCUCUUCAAGCUCAGGGAUAAGUGGAUCUUGGAUGAAAUCCUCCCUUAUAUUGAAACAACUGAAAAGUCACUGGAUGAAAAUGGGGAAAAGAAAAAUGUAAUGAAGAAGCUGUAUGGGAAAGCACAGAAGGAAGAGGGGAGUUGGGCAAGGGCAUGGGACAGAAGAGGCAGGAAAGAGGAUUAUGUAAAGAUUGGGGAGUGA